CGGACUGCUCCUCCAGCACUAUUUAAAGGCAGCUGAUUCUCGCCUCGGUCCUCCUUUUGUUCUUUUUGUUCUUGUUCUUGUUCUAGUUGUGUUCUCGUUUUUUGUGUUUUCUUGUUCCUCUGUAAAUUACCCCUGUACACCUAUCCACCCUCCUCCACCACUACCUCCAAACCUCAGCAACCACUCCCGAUUUCUCCAGCCCACUCCAGUCAAGCCAAGUCAAGACCCAAGCCCAACCAUGACUUCGUCCUACAGAAUCAACUACCAAUUGCGCGCUCAUAAACGCGACCCUCUUAUCGAGUUCAUCAAGGGCCUUCUUCUCACACCCUUUGUCCUCCACGCCAAGCCCCGCAAGCCCGUCCUCAACUCGCCUCUCGUUCCAGGAGAACUCGGCAGUGGCCAGGAAUCAUCCGCCAGCAACUCUGGCAAUGGCAAUGGCAAUGGCAAUGGCAACAAUAAUGGAGGUAGCAAUACCAAUGAUGACGACAAGAACGACUACCAGGAGGAGGAAAAACCCAUGAUCGACGCAAACCUGCAGCGUUAUCUCGAGAUCAUGAAGUCGGUUGAGGACAUGAUUGAGGAGCACCGCCGAAAGGCACUCAAGGGCGUGCCUGAACACUCGCGUUUGCACCGGAUCGUGCCUUCCGUUGCGAAGUUCUUCACACCCUUGCCCCUCGAGGCUGCGUUCUUGGACGCGAAUGCAAAACACUCAAUUGCUGCCAGACGUUUCGUCCCUCCCAGUUUCAACGAUAUUCGAAGGAUCCUAAACACAGCUCAAGUCAUGGCUAUUGCGCCCACCAUCAACUUGAUCACCUUCGACGGAGAUAUGACUCUGUAUGAUGACGGCACCUCAUUCACCGAGACGUCGUCAUUGAUUCCUCUCUUGAUCACGCUGAUGCGUGCUGGUCUCCGUGUUGCCAUUGUCACUGCUGCUGGUUACCCUGGCGAUGCUGGCAAGUACGAGGAACGUCUGAGUGGCCUUCUGAAAUCAUUCCAUAACCACAGGCUGUCCGAGAAGCUGUUGGAGCGCUUCUAUGUCCUCGGAGGCGAAUGUAACUACCUCUUCCGCUGUGGGUGGAAGAAGAACGAGGUUACUGGGGAGUCUGUCGUUGGCUUGACCUAUAUCCAUCCCGAAUCUUAUCAACCCUCUGAUAUGCUUGCAUGGAAGCAUGAUGAGAUCCAGGAGCUUUUGGACGUUGCCGAAGAGAACUUGAGACGCUCCGUCACUGCUAUGAACCUGAAGGCCGCUGUUAUCCGUAAAUCUCGCGCUGUCGGAAUUGUGCCCAUUAACAAUGGCAGGAUUGCACGCGAGCAGUUGGAUGAGUGUGUGCUCUCGACCCAGCAGCGCCUGCUAGAGUACCAGCAAAUGUCUGCACCAGCCAAGGUUGCGAUUCCGUUCUGUGUCUUCAACGGCGGAAACGACGUCUUUGUCGAUAUUGGUAACAAGUUGAUUGGUGUUCAAGUGCUCCAGACUUAUCUUGGCGCAGCCCCCGAUGCCACCAUCCACGUUGGCGAUCAGUUCUUGUCCACUGGAAACGACUUUGCAACGCGCUCGAGCUGCUGCACUCUCUGGAUUGUCAACCCUGAGGAGACUGAGAAUGUGUUGAAGGAGCUGACUCCUCUCUUGACCUUCCCUGCCGAGAACGAGUAAUGACAAUACCCAAGCAAACAUGUCAGAUGCAAGCCUUGUACUUUUAGAACAUAGCAGGACAUUCUUAGAGCAGCCUCGCGAUUCCUCGCAGCAGCAUAAUUCAACCAAAAUAAACAGAUUUUCAAUUAGAGCCUCUUUCAAAUAUGUGGUCAAGUGUGGAGUCCAG